CCGACGCCCCCUCCCCUCUCGCUUCCGAUACGGAAGCCGAGAGGCGUCGACGCCGCCGCCGCUGCUGCUGCUUUUCAGCCCAGGGCUAGAGCUGGGCCAGGAGGGCCGCCCAGCUGGGCUGGCGGCGGCAGCAGCGGCAGGAGGGGGAAAAUGGCGGCACCGCUGCUGUCCCUCUCCGAGGGGGAAGGAGCCCGGGCGCGGCGGCGGGAGCAGCUCCGAGCCUGGGCGGAGGCCGAGGCAGCGGUGGCAGCAGCAGCGGCUGCUUCUCUGUGCCCGGCCCCGCCUCCUCCGGGGCUGCCGGUGGCGGCCGAGAGCGAGGCUGUGCCCGCGGCGGGGAUGGGCUCCGGGUCCGCCGGCGGCAGAGGGGUUCGGCCCCGCGCUGUCCGCUUCGAGGCGGCCGCCGAGUUCCUGGCCUGCUGCGCCGGGGCCGAACUGGAAGCGGCGCGGGAGAUGCUCAGCGCCGACCCGGGCGCCGUGAACGGGACCAACGCGGACGGCAUCAGCGCCCUCCACCAGGCCUGCAUUGAUGAGAACAUGGAGGUGGUGGAAUUUCUGGUGGCAAACGGAGCCGACGUGAACCAGGCUGACAAUGAGGGCUGGACUCCACUGCACGUUGCUGCUUCCUGCGGCUACAUUGAGAUUGCACAAUACCUCUUGGACCACGGUGCCAACAUCGCUGCAGUGAACAGCGACGGGGACGUGCCAUUGGACAUUGCGGAGGCUGACAACAUGGAGGCCUUACUGCGUUCGGAGAUUGGGAAGAGAGGGAUAGAUGUAGAAGUAGCCAAGCGAGAGGAGGAGGAGGUGAUGCUUCGCGAUGCACGCCAGUGGAUGAACGGUGGGAAAAUCUCCGACGAGCCGCACCCCAAAACAGGGGCCACGGCCCUCCACGUGGCAGCUGCCAAAGGCUACAUUGAGGUCAUGAGGCUGCUCUUGCAAGCUGGAUAUGACCCCAAUGUGCAGGACAAAGACGGCUGGGCUCCCUUGCAUGCGGCAGCCCACUGGGGAGUGGAGGAGGCUUGCCGCCUCCUGGCAGAGCACUUCUGCGACAUGGAGGCACUCAACAACGUGGGCCAGCGCCCCUGCGACCUUGCGGAUGAGGAUACUUUGGCUCUGCUCGAGGAUCUCCAACGCAAGCAAAUCGACCUACGCAGCAAGAAGGAAGCUCACCUGAAGCAGGCAGUGAUUGACACCAGCUUGGAGCAGCCCCCAUCGUACACAAGCAAGCACCGGAGGAGCUCUGUGUGCCGCAUGAGCAGCAAGGAGAAGAUCUCCGUCCAGGACCAGUCAAAGGAGCGCAAGACCCUGGGGACCAUUGCUGUUGGCGAGGAGGAGACCAGCUCUGCCUCGGAGGGGGAGGAGACGCCACAUUCCAAUGAGGUGAAGGCCGUUCCCUCAACGGACAACAAUGCAGUGAAUGGCGUCUCCGUGACCCCUGUCAGCCCUGUGUCCCCCAGUCCCAUGGGGCAGAAGUUCUCUGGAGGCUCUAGCCACACCAUGGAGCCAGAGGACACGGCAGCUCCCGCAAUCUGGAAGCAGAGCCUACGGAAGACCAGCAGCUUUGGGGUGCUGCAGGACGCAAAGCUGGAGGAGGAGGCGGCUGCCAAGGAGGCCAGUGGCAUCAAGCGGUCGGCAUCCAGCCCCAGGCUUGAUACGGAGGAAAAGAGCAAAGAACCACGCCUGGCCCGCGUAACUCCGACCCCGACUCGGCGGAUAUUUGCCCUCCCAGACACAGAGCCCCACCGGGAUCCCAGGCGAGCGUCGUACCAGACGCCCGUGCGGGACGAAGAGUCGGAGUCCCAGAGGAAGGCCCGUUCGAGACUCAUGAGGCAGUCCAGGCGUUCCACGCAGGGUGUCACCCUCACGGAUCUGAAGGAGGCUGAGAAGACCAUGGGCCGGGCUGGGGACUCCAGAGCAGCCCCGGAGCAGCGAAAUAAGGAGGACGAGAAGCAUGACAAAGAUGGAGAGCAGCAGUCCCAGGAGACUACGGACUCCUCUAGGAGAUUCCGGCUCCCGAGUUCAGAAGGUUCUGCGGUUUAUACUGUGAAUCCGUUAGUGGUGAAUUCGCAGCCCAGAAAAGUCUCAGAAGCCAAGGAUACCAGCUCAGAGGCAGAUUCGGAUCUACGGAACAGACUCGCCAUCAGGGACCGCAGGAAAGGCCGACGGGAGGAGGAUGUAGACAGCGAGCAUGUCAACAAUGAAGAUCCAUCAGGACAUGGCAGUGAACACCUAAACAGCGUCCUGUCAAACCGGACAGCUCCCUACAGCUGCCAGAGACAGAACAGCAAUUUGGGCUGCAAAGAGGAACCUGAUCACUAUUACAAGAAACUGUAUGAAGAUCUCGUGAUUGAGAAUGAAAAACUGAAGGAGCAGCUACAAGAAGCACAGCUACAGCUGACGCAGAUCAAGCUGGAGCUGGAAAGAGUGACCCAGAGGCAAGAGCGUUUUGCUGAGCGGCCGGCUCUCCUAGAGCUGGAGAGAUUUGAGCGCCGAGCUUUGGAGCGGAAAGCAGCAGAGCUAGAGGAAGAAUUGAAGGCUCUUUCGGAUUUGAAGGCAGACAACCAGCGUCUCAAAGACGAAAACGCCGCCCUAAUCCGUGUGAUCAGCAAACUCUCCAAGUGACCGCCGCUGCCACCGCCCCCGGGGGGGGGGAUGCAGGGGCCUUAUUCCGCACCCCACCUCCUUGUGUACCAGAUCCUCAUUCGGAACAGGAGACAUAACGCAAGGAUAGGGGUGGCCAACUCCCUCUCGCCACUCAAAACACUCCAAAUGUGGGGGGUUCUGAGCCUCAGCCAAUCAGACACCCAUCAUCCAUUGUUUUACACAGAGGGGCCAAGUUUUUCUCCAGCCCAAUGUCCUCCCCACCCCCCUCUUCCCCCCCACCCCACCCCACCCCUCCUCUCCAGAGACAGUAUUUAUUUUGUGGCUUCCUUUUAAAAGUGAUGCUAUUUGCUUGUUGCUUUUCCUUAAACAAACAAAGGGAGAGGGGAUGACGGGAGCCAGUCUUUCUGGGGGCUCAAGAGGAGCGAGGUGGCCUUGAUGUCGUUCUCCUGACAGCAGGCAAAUAAGAGUUGCUUUACAGGUUGGGAAGUUUUUUGAGGCUGGGGGCAAAGUCGAGUUAACGGGGGUUCCCUGUUAACCGGCAGGGUAUCUUGGGUAAUUGGUGUUGCUCAUAGCUCUGGCCCCAUAGCUCUGCAGCUCAGGAGGGCAGCUAUCUCAAGGCUGCGUGAGGGAAAGGGUGGCAGGACUCAGUCCACACACCCACUCACAUCCUGCCGAAUCAAACCAGUGCAUUUCACAGUUGGGUUAGUUCUCACAAGAGGGCAGCAGAAUUGAAGGUAGCACCCAGCAGCCAAGCUUUACAGCCGAGGCUGGCAGCUGGCCUGGAAGUCGGAGAACUUGAGCAGACAAGUUUAAAAAUGGGAUGUGGUAGCCCUGGGUGCGGCUAGUGUGUGUGUGUGUGUGUGUGUAUGUGCAUGAGCGAGAAAGAGAAGCGCCUUAGCACUGUUUAAUCAGCGGGGAAUUGUGGGUAACGGUUGGGGUUUUUUUAAUGGUCUUUUGGGGUUGGCUGCCACGAGGCUCUCUAGAGCCAGACGGACAGGAGAGUUCUGCAGUGGCAUUAAUUUAGGAGCCGAGAUAGUAUUGCCUGUGAAGAUGAGGCUGUUAAGUGCCAUAGCUUGGGGGUUGGGGUUGGGGGAGACAGUUGCAGCGGUGGGGCUACAUCGGGAGGGUCUUGAUCUCUGCUCCUGUUCUUCACUUCCCUCAGCAUCUCGGUUUUUCAGGUGCGAGUGUGGCUUCGUCCCUUCUCAGAAACUCCAGCGUCCUAUAGAGUCCAGCCUGGCUCUGAAGGAUGCUUCUAAUGUUCCCUUGCCUGAACUUGAGGCCAAAUCCCAGGGAAACGGUCUCAUUAUUCCCCUUCCCGCUGUCUGGACAGUGCCCCACCCCACCCCUCAGCCUUCUGCCAACGCCCAGUCCCACUGUGAGGAUCUCCUGGAUGUCUGCAACCCUGGGCUGUGUAAUGGACAACAUUGGCCGUACAAGUCCACAUUUGUCAUUGUCCCAUUUGCCAGCUACUCCACUCCUCCUCCGGGACCUGUGCCUCCUUGACCUCUCAUAUUCCGGUUUGUUGGAUUCUGCCGCCGCUUUCCUAGAGGAUGCAUUGGGGUGGGGGAGGGUGUCCAUUUUCACGGCUCUCCUCCAUCCCUCUUCCUGCACGCACACAAUCAAAUAUUUUCAAUGUUAAAACUGAGGGCUAGAAGUACUUCCAAGUGAAACUGAGGGCUAGAAGUAAUUUCAAGAGAAACGGGUCCAAAGUACUACCCUGAAAAUCCUGUCUGUGUGUGGUUUCUUUCCUGCGCUAUCAUGAGCCAAGAUUUCCUCUGCCAAAAUAAAUUGUCCCUUCUUUUCUACCAUAUCACCCCUUUCUCUUUUCUUCGCCCACCCCUUUUUAUUUUCUCUCUCUUUCUUUCUUUCUUUCUCUCUCUCUUUCUCUCCACCUGCCCUGAUCUGUGAACUCCCCCCUCCCCAAACAUAUCUGUACAUAACAGAAGUAUUUUCUAUAUGGUUGCAUCGCCAAGAGAAAAAAAACAAGAAGAAAAAAUGCAGAAAAACUUAAAUGUGCAAUAUCGCAUGAGUAUUUUUUUUCCAAAGAAGUCUCUAUAUUGUACUUGUUUAUUCAGCAGCUCAGCUGCAUAUGUUUUAAAGAACAGGGAAUUGAAAUUACCGUGUUGAAUAUAAUUGAAAAUAAAAAAAAGAUUGCUCCUUA